UCUAUCGGGCCUAUCGUUCUGCGAUAGGAUAUCUCAAAAAAUAAAUAAAAGCAUUGUUUUAAAAGAAAACCCCAACGCAGGACAGGAGGAAACUACCGGAGAAGCGUAUUGAAGGGCCGCCGCUUAGGUUUAAUAUUUCGUCUAGUCGCAGCCAGCAUAAAUCGCCGGGAAGAUGGGGCGCCGCUCCAUCAACACCACCAAGAGUGGCAAGUACAUGAAUCCCACGGACCAGGCGCGCAAGGAGGCGCGCAAGAAGGAGCUAAAGAAGAACAAGAGGCAGCGCCAAAUGGUGCGGGCGGCGGUCCUGAAGAACAAGGAUCCCUCACAGAUACUCGAGGAGAUGGAGAAGAUCGACGAGAUGGAGUACAACGUGCUGCAGCCAUCGCCGCUGAACGAGAAGGUGCUGCGCGACAAGCGGAAAAAGCUGAAGGAGACUUUCGACCGCGUGAUGCGACUCUAUCACAAUGACGAGCCCGAGCACUGGGCGGACCUCAAGCGCAAGGAGGUGGAGUACGAGAAGAAGCGCCUGAAGAAGCAGCAGUACUACGAGAGCGUCAAGCACGCCCAGAGCGUCCAGAUCGAUGAGAUUCCCCUGCCCGCACCCGUGUCGGCGUCGCUUCCCGGCGGCGGCGGUUCUGCCGGCCCCGCUGGCGGUCCGGUCGUCCCGGGAUUCGGUGCCGCCGUGGGCAUCCGCCUUCCUCCGCCGCCCAUGACCAUGGCCCUGCCGCCCUACGCACCCGGUGCUCCGCCAGGCGUGGCCAAGAACAGCGACUCUGCCGCCGGCGAGGCGCAGGCAGAGAAGUCCAAGGAGGACGAGGAGAAGGAUUGGCUGGGAGUGCCCCCUGGACCGCCGCCCGAUCUGUUUGCCCUGUCCGAGCUCGAUUCCGAUGCCGAGGGCAAUACGGACUACGACGGCGAGGCCGAGGAGGAGCAGGAGGCGCUGAAGAAGAGCAAGGACAAGGAGGCCAGCGAACCGAAUAACCAAAACAUCGACGACUUCAUGAAGGAAAUGGAGCAUGUACACAAGCGCAAGCACCGCAAGCUGGCGGCCAAGGAGGACGAGGCGGAGAAACAGCGGGACGAGGAGGAGGACGACGAGGACGAGGACUCAGAGAAGCGACUGGAACGAGGCUCCAGCUCGGACAGGAAAUCCGCCAGCAGCAGCGACAGCGACGACGACGACGAUCCGGAUGAGGAUGAAGACGAAGAGAUGGCCGAAGCGCCGACCAAGGCGGCACAAGCUAAAUCCGCAGCGCAACCGACACCGGCUCCUCCGACGGCGCCGACACUGCCCACAAUACCCUUGCCACCGGCGUCGUCGGUGCCAGCGCCACCGCAACUGCCGCAACUACCGCCCAUUCACAAUCUCGGGCCGCCGGGCAUCAUGUACCGUCCGCCGCCCAUGCGACCACCGCACGCCGGCUCCGGUUUCGGCAUUCGCAUGCCGCCUGGACCGCCGCCCGGAGCCAGGCCACCGCAUGGCCUGGGACCCAUGCCGCGCAUGGGCAUCAGGAUGCCGCCGGGACCGCCGCCCGGCCUGCCGCCUCGCCUCGCCCACCACAACAAACAGGGAGGCGGCGGCGGCGGUCCGCCCAAGGAGUCCGCCAAGGGAGUGACCACCAUUACAGCCAAACCACAAAUCAGGAAUCUGAGUGCCGAUGUCACGCGCUUUGUGCCGUCCACGUUGCGGGUGAAGCGCGAGGAUCAGCGCCGGACGGCGAGGCCCAGGCAUGCGGUCACCGAUGGCCACCACGCCCCCUCGGAGUCGCACAGCAAGCCGCCCACCAAGGACGACGCCUAUCUGCAGUUCAUGAACGAGAUGCAGGGCUUGCUGUAGCACCCGCCGGCAGUCCUGUAAAUUGUGUAGUCUAAGUCCUAGAUAAAGUGAGUCGUCAUACAAACCAAUACCUCAAGCGUUUUAUUGGUAACUUGGCAUAGGAUAGUUUCCAUUUUUUUUUUUGCUAAGAAUUUGACAAACAGUUGAAUAAAC